GUCGUUCGCCAGGCGAUGGUGGUGAUGAUGGCGAGGAUGGUGAUGGUGAUGGUGGCGGGGAUGGUGAUGAUGGCGGGGAUGGUGAUGAUGGCGGGGAUGGUGAUGAUGGUGGGGAUGGCGAUGAUGGCGGAGAUGGUGAUGAUGGCGGAGAUGGUGACCUUGGUGGUGGAGAUCGUGCUUGGACUAAAAAGAAAGAUAUGUUAAACAAGCCUACAAACUAA